AUGGGCAAGCGAAAUCCCGUUGAAGAGUUAUUUUUUAAAUUCGAUAACGAUUCUAACAAAUCAAAAUGUUUAAUUGAAGGCUGCCCUAGUUAUCUUACUGGGAGGCAUGCAUCAAACCUCGAGAGACAUUUGCAAAAAAUUCAUCCUGAUGAUUUCAAUAAAUUAUUGCUAAAAAAACAAGGAUCAGAACAAAAUAAAAAACAGAAGGUCCACCAUCAAGGAACACUUGAUAAUAUAGUAACAGUGUCUAAAAAAAAAAUUACAAUAGAAAUGGACAAAAAUACAUUGAUUAAUGCAUGCAUUGAAUUAGUUUCUGAAAAUGGACGACCAUUGUCUAUUUUAGAAGACAGUGGGUUUAAAAAAAUUUUGAACCCUUUAUUAAAAGCUAUUGAACCAGGAUUUUCCAUUAAUCGCCACAAUAUAAAAAAUGAAAUUGAACUAAAAUACAAUAAUAUGAUUAUUAAUAUAAAAAAAGAAUUGAAAAAUAGACUUAUUUGUUUAAAAGUUGAUGGCGUGACAAGACUGGACAGAUGCAUUUUAGGAAUAAAUUGCCAGUAUUUUAGUGAUGGCAAAAUUAAAAUCCUAACUUUAGGAUUGAUUCAGCUUUUGGACAAGCACACUGGCAGUUAUUUAAAAGAAAUGCUAAUGAUAAUUUUGGAACGAUACAGUGUAACAUCUGACCAAAUUUUUACCAUAACUUGUGAUAAUGCAAAAAAUAUGGUAAAAAUGGUGGACUUAUUUAAUAUAGUUGAACCUGAUACACAAGAAGAAGUAGAAAAUGACAAUGAUGAACCUCAGGAAUUGAAUGAAGAAGAAAAUAAUGGUAAUGAACUUCGGGCCAAUGAUUGUUUGGAGUUGGAAAAUUUGGUAACAGCUUCUAUUCUUGAUGAAUUUCCAAUGACUACUUGUGUACGGUGUGCUGUUCAUACAUUUCAACUGAGUGUAUAUGAUACUUUGAAAGACAGAUCUAUAAGUAGUAUUUUAUCAAAAGCUAGAAAAGCAGCAAAGUCCCUGAGAACCCAGACGUAUUCAGCAUGGUUAAAAAAAGAAGGGUUAAAACAGGCAAUAUUAGAUAUUGAAACACGCUGGAACAGUACAUAUAACAUGCUAAAUAGACUUUUAGAACUAAGAACAUUCUGUAGUGUUAAUGCCAAAAAGUUAUUAAAUGAUCAUGAUUGGAAUUCAAUACAUAAUUUGGUUAAUGAUUUGGAGCCAGCUAAAACAGCUACAAUUCAAAUGCAGAAAAAUGAUUUAAAUCCUGGUGACUGCUUUGGUAUUUGGCUUAACGCACAAAUGAAAUUGAAAAAAUUAAAUACCCCAAUGUCAAAAAAAUUGUUGAUAAACAUAAACAAUCGUAAAGACAGUAUUUUUCAUAAUCCGGUGUUUGAAUCUGCAUUAUAUCUUGAUCUUCGCUACCAACAUUUGAUGUCUGAAGAAUCUAAAUCAAGAGCAGUAGUUCAUUUAAUUAAAACAUGGGAACUGUUGAAUCGUUUAAAAAAUCGUUUUCCAACCUCUUCAGUUGAAACGGAGGAUAACAGUGUUAACUCUAAUACAUAUGACAAAAGAAUAGAUGAUGACACAGACGAUGAAUUUCAGGUAUAUUUAAACUCUCUAUCAAAUUCACAAGAAUUCCCAGAAUCAAGUUCUUCCACAACGACCACAAGUUAUAGUACAGCUACUCCCAUUAGAAUUAUUCUUAAUACUUUUGAAAAUUCAACCAAAAUGCCAUAUAGUGAGGAUAUAAUUGCUUUUUGGAAAAAUAAAAAAAAUGAAAUGCCAGAGCUAUAUCAGCUUUCAAAAAUAUUUAUGGCAGUACCAACUACCCAGGUGUCUGUAGAAAGAUUGUUUUCAUCAUUAAAAUUUAUUUUGAAUGAUUUACGGUCAAAUUUAGGAGCAAAUGUUCUUGAACAAAUAAUGAUACUACGAUCAAACUUAGUAAUUUAG